AUGUGGGUAUUAUUGCUUUUGAUGGGUACUCUGUCUGCCUUUGCAGAAUCAUCAGUGCAGACCUUUGAAGGGGAGAAAGUAUUUCGUGUAACGCCUCACAAUGAAGAACAGGUAGAAGUCCUCACUACCUUGGCCAGUCAUAUGCAGGUUGAUUUCUGGCACCCAGAUUCUGUUGCACUAGUGAAGACAGGCAUGACUGUUGACUUUCGAGUUGAAGCAGAUCUGUGUUCUGAAGCUGAGAAACUUCUGCAACAGAACGGACUGAACUAUGAAGUUUUGAUUGACAACCUUCAGACUGUACUCGACAGGCAGUUUGACAGCCACGCUCGUUCUGCUGGACACCAGUAUGAAAAAUAUAACAACUGGGAAACGAUAGCAGCUUGGACAGCUGACAUUGCCAAUCAGAACCCAGCUCUCGUUUCUCGGUCUCAGAUAGGAACAACCUUUGAGGGACGUCCAAUGUAUCUCCUUAAGGUGGGAAAGGAGGGUGCAAACAAAAAGGCCAUCUUUAUGGAUUGCGGCUUCCAUGCUAGAGAGUGGAUCUCACCUGCAUUCUGCCAGUGGUUUGUGAGACAGGCUGUUAGAACCUAUGGGAAAGAAACCAUCAUGACCGACCUUCUUGACCGCCUGGAUUUCUAUGUCUUGCCUGUCUUCAACAUUGAUGGCUAUGUCUAUACUUGGACUAAGUCUCGCAUGUGGAGGAAGACCCGUUCUACAAAUGCAGGUAGCAGUUGCAUUGGAACUGAUCCCAACAGAAACUUCAAUGCUGGCUGGUGCAGUGUUGGUGCUUCCAGAAGGCCAUGUGACGAUACUUAUUGUGGCAGUGCACCUGAAUCCGAAAAGGAGACAAAGGCCUUGGUUAACUUCAUUCGUAACAACAUCUCAACCAUCAAAGCUUACUUGACUAUUCACUCUUACUCCCAGAUGCUUCUGUAUCCAUAUUCUUAUACUUACGAUGUAACAAAGAACCACGUGGAACUGAAUACCGUUGCUAAAGCUGCUGUUAAAGAACUAGCUACUGUGCAUGGCACACAGUACACAUAUGGCCCCGGAGCCACAACUAUCUAUCCAGCAGCUGGAGGAUCGGAUGACUGGGCUUAUGACCAAGGCAUCAAGUAUUCCUUCACCUUCGAGCUCCGUGACACAGGACGAUAUGGCUUUGCUCUUCCUGAAUCUCAGAUAAAGCCAACUUGUGAAGAAACCCUGAUAGCCAUUAAAUAUAUUGCCAGCUAUGUCCUUGAUCAUCUGUAUUAAAACAGCA